AUGAAUAAAUCACGCAAGGAUUGGGCUACAAAGCUAGAUGAUGCACUAUGGGCUUACCGAACGGCAUUUAAGACACCCUUAGAAAUGUCGCCGUAUCAUUUAGUCUAUGGAAAAGUUUAUCACUUACCUAUAGAGAUUGAUUAUAAAGCUUAUUGGGCUAUUAAAGCAAUUAAUAUGGAUUUUAAUCUUGCAAGAGGAAGGAGUUUACUUGAGUUAAGUGAAUUGGAGGAACACCGGCUACAUGCUUAUGAAAAUGUCAAAAUUUAUAAAAAGAAGAUCAAAUAUUGGCAUGAUAAGCAUAUUAUCCCUAAACAAUUCCAGAUAGGGCAAGAAGUGCUUUUAUUCAACUCGCGCAUGAGGUUAUUUCCAGGAAAACUGAAGUCAAGAUGGUCGGGACCAUUUGAAGUUACUCAAGUAUAUCCUUAUGGAGCUGUUGAAGUGGCAAAUUCAAGAAAUGAAAGGUUUAAGGUCAAUGGACAAUGA